CCAUCCCAACCAUCAUCCUCCCUCUAACCACACCAUGACAGCCGUCCAGAAGUUCUCCAUCUAUAAUGGCAAGCUCCAGCGAGCCCUCCUGGACCCUCUGUUCACCGGCCCGUUAUGGUGGGCGCUGGCAAAGAGUCCCGAGUCCGUGAAAGGCGCUCUUGUUCCAGUGUUGACGUCCGUAUUAUCCGAAGAAAAGGUACCCAAGGUCGCGAAAGCGCUGCAAUGGCUGUUUAUCCUCGGCCUCGUCGCGAAAGCGAACCGAUUCCUUAGCGAUCUCGCGUUGAAUCACUGGAGAUUGAGCGCGAAUAAGAAGGAAUGGGUCUGGGAUCGGGAAGUGGCGGUCUUGACUGGAGGAUGUAGCGGCAUUGGUCUUUUGGUGGCUCAUGGCCUCCAGCAGAAGGGUAUCAAGGUUGCAAUUCUGGACAUUCAGCCUUUGCCCAAAGAGCUGAAAGGAUAUAAGAACGUCAAGUACUGGAAAUGCGACGUGACAAAGCCGGAAGAGAUCGUAGCCACCGCCCGGGAAAUCAAACAGAUCUGGUGGGCGCCGUCCAUCCUCAUCAACAAUGCUGGGAUCGGUGCCCCCCAUCACAUCAUCGACAUCGACCACAGUUCCUUGACCAAGAUCUUCGGCGUAAACAUCAUGAGCCACUUCACAACCGUGAAGGAGUUCUUGCCCGACAUGCUCAAGAAGAACAAGGGCCAUAUCGUAGAGGUAGCGAGCUUGGCCAGCUUUGUCUCCAUCGCAGGUAUCACAGACUAUUCUGCCACAAAAGCCGGUGUCCUCGCCUUCAGCGAAGGCCUCAACCAAGAGCUCCGACACCGCUACAAAUCCAACGGCGUCGUCGUCACGACCGUCCAUCCCGGCUGGACCGCCACUCCCCUUGUCACCACGUACGACGAGGCCAUCAAGAAACACUCUGGAGAUCUACUCAAACCGGAAACGGUGGCGGAUCAGAUCGUCCAGCAGAUCCUGAGCUGCCGAGGCGCCCAGUUGGUGAUCCCUCGCGAACUGAGCGUGUCGUCAGCUGCGAGGGGCUGGACGAAUUGGUUGCAGGAGUUUUUGCGGGACACUCAGAAGGGUGUGACUGCCGUUUAGUUUGGGUUGGUAUACCACUGGAGUUUGUUUUAGAAACAGGCUAGGGUGGAAAGUCGACAUGGCGUGGCAUCGUUUAUGGAGAGCUAUACCCCCUAGUUCGGUUUCACACUAGAUGAGCUUUACUGGUGUUUUCGUGUAGUUCUGCUGUGAGUCUAGCCGUGCUGUAAUAUCAUU